AUGUCAUUGCAAUCAUUGCAAAGAAAUACAGAAGACAUUGUGCUUCCGGCGACAAGUGUUCCAAAUAAUAACAUCACAAUGAAAGCUAGCGAUCCUUCAAAGAAUGCAACUCAUCGAAUGAUAGCAACAAGUAAAGAAGUGCCCGAAUCACCGGAUAUGAAGUUUGCUCGUACUAGAUUUGGCCACCUACUUGAUGGUAUACGAAGUGGUGAAAUUCAAACAGGACUGCAAGCUCGAAAUCGAGUUCAAAGUCCAAAUGAAAUUGAAGGUAAUAUAACGCAACGUACGAAAAAAUCUCAACGGCGUGAGAUUAGGCGAAUGAUCUUUGAACUUCGCGGUAAGCCUUUUGCUCUGCGCGAUAGUGGACGUCGGGAGAGCGUUUAUGCGUUAUGUCGGAAUUGGAUGCGCGGUAGUGAUGAUGAACGUCCAAGAGAAAAACGCGAAGUGGACCAUCCUGAACCAUCUGAUGACUCACUAGAUUUGCUUGCAACUAAAGAAAUAUGGGCUUUACCAAGACCUCGUGAUCGUAUUCGGAUAGAACCAGCUCCACCACCCCUACUUAUGAAUCAUCAAGAUCAAGUAAUCGCAAACAGCGCAGAAGAACUUCUAGCUCUUUAUCUACCACAUUGGAGAACAAUCAGAAAAAAUUGGAAUGAAUAUUCCCAAAUCCGAGACCGACGAUACCAAAGAAGUAUCAAACUGUUGAAUACUGUAUUCAGCAUGAAUCAACAAAACAUCGUAUAA